GUUUCUGCUUCUCUGUCUCUCUCUGUCCCCUCCUCUCCCUGUGCCUCUGUCCUCUGCCUCAUGGCCCUUCCUGGGGCUUCCCCAUAGGCCGGAAGGAACGCCACCCAGUGACUUCUCCCUUUUGGGGCCCUCCCCCUACCCACUGCAAAGCCUUUCACACUCACUCACACACACAUACACACACACACACACACACACACACAGCAGCUGGUGACAGCCAGGGCUCCUGUCACCAUCACUAUCUCCUGCCCCAAAUCCUGGGUAACUGAGCCACACUGGGCAGGUCCUCACUGGGCAGGUCCUCAUUCAGGGCCAGUCUCCCUGUGCGGGUCCCUCAACUCUGCUCCAGAGAACAGAGCCACAGAGCAUGUCCCAGCUGCUCCUCCUGUCACUUGCCCUCUGGGCCAGCUGCUCCCCUGGUAAUACAGGGACAGUGGCUCUGAGCCAGCUCAGGGUGCGAUGCCGUGCUUCUCGGUACCCCGUGGCCGUGGACUGCUCCUGGACACCGCUGUGGGCUCCCAACUCCACCACAGCCACAUCCUUCAUCGCCACUUACAGACUGGGUGUCACCGCCGCGCAGCAGAGCUGGCCCUGCCUACACCCGACCCCACAGGCCACCUGGUGCACCAUCUCCCACGUGCACCUGUUCUCCAUGGUGCCCUACGUGCUAAAUGUCACUGCGCUGCACCUCAGCAGAGCCCGCAGCAGCCUCCUGGCCUUCGUGGCGGAGCGGAUCAUCAAGCCCGAUCCUCCGGCAGGCGUGCGGCUGCGCAAAGCUGGGCAGAAGCUGCAGGUGCUCUGGCAUCCCCCUGCCUCCUGGCCCUUCCCGGACAUCUUCACUCUCAAGUACCGAGUCCGCUACCGGCGCCACGGCUCAUCCCACUUCCGCCAGGUGGGACCCAUUGAAGCCACGACCUUCACCCUCAGGGCAGCGCAGCCCCAUACAAAAUACUGUGUCCAGGUAUCAGCCCAGGACCUCACAGGCUAUGGGAAACCAAGUGACUGGAGCCUCCCUGGGCAAGUAGACGGGGCGCCCCAGAAGCCCUGACGAGGAACAGGGUCCUUGAUGUCAGAUCCUGAUGUCCUCUACUUGAAGGUGGCUGGGUGGCCUGGCCUGGCUUCAAAUCCUGACAUUGCAUAUGCUGAGCUGCUCGGAAGUAUACGAUAAUUAAACUCUCCGGACCUCAAUCUCCAAACCUGGGGGGAUGAUCUUUCUCCUUCCACCAGUGCGGGGCUUCGUAAACUGUAAAUGUGAUUUAACCAGAAGAACCAAUUAAAUAAGAAUUAUUACUCUUGUCAUCA